AUGCCCAACCAGUCCUUCCUCUCUGGUGCGACGUGCAGCAUCGGGCGUGCCAAGUACCACGACGUUGUCCUCAACUCGCCCCUCGUCGCCGAGGACCAUGCGGUGGUGCACAACGAUGCCGAGCACGGGCUGCUCGUCAUCGACCUGUACACCGAGAACGGCACCUUUGUCGCCGGAAACCGUCUGCCACCCCUGCAGCCGCUCCCACUGCGCGCUCUGUCCGACCUCGCGAUCCCGGUCUACGGCACAUCGACGGGCGAAGCCGAGAUGGCCGAGCUGGUGAAGCGCGUCGCGGAGGUGCUGACGACCAGGACGGACUACCCGAACGAACUCGGCCGUCUCUUCGUGCCGUCACACCCGUACGCCUACGACCCCUCCACCCCCAUCCCGCCCCCGAUCAUGCACUGGAACCCUACCCCGGCUGUCCCCACACCCACCCCGGGCCCGGCCCGUUCACCCGCUCCCGAGCCCUGCCCACCCUCGGAGCCGUCGCCGGCGCCUCCCUCGCCUCACACGCCGCCACGCACCACCCGCGACUUCUCUCCUCUCCCUCAACGCACGAGCCGCGUAUCGGGCCCGCUCCCGCCCGCUUCUCGCGUCUACCGGCACACGUCGCCUGGGAGGAUCUUCAACCAUCCCUCUCCGGCGCGUAACCCGCGGGUACCGAGUCCUCUGGCCAACCUACGCGGCUCACCCGCUGCCGCCCGCGCUUCGCCUCUGGCCACCCCUCGCGCCUCGCCCUCGGCCGUUCCUCGUCCAUCCCGGUUCGCACCGCGUACACACAGACCCAACGAGCCCCGGCAACCCGCGUACCCUGAAAUCCCGCGCGACUCCCCCUUCACGCGCGAGAACCCGUACGGCGUCCCCGUCGCCCGCACACAAGCCUCAACGCCCAACGUCCCGCGCCCACCCCACCCACAAGACGCCGACACAAUGCCCACGCACUCGCCCUUCCCGCGUCCCAUUCUCAAGACGCAGUCCAAGCGCUCGGCUGUCGACGACGGCAGCUCGCGUCCGCGCAAGCGCGCUAGGACUGCGGUCAAUGAGGCGGACGCGGUUGUUAGGGGUAUGCCGGGCGCUUGGCCGUACGAGUCUGGGUCUGGGUCGUGGGAGAUGGAGAGGGAGAGGGGACUGAGGGAGGAGAGUCUGAAGGAGCGGGUUGAGCGGGAGCGGGGCGGGAGGAAGAAGGUGCGGUUCGGGGAGCCGGGGGUUUGGGCUGGUGCUCGGGCUUAG